AUGGUAACUAUACCAAAAACACACAAGGCCGUCGCGACCGUCGCUAAGCGGGAGCCCCUGGUCCUCCUCGACCGUAAGACCGAACUCCCGGGUGACGGCGAGGUCCUCAUGCACAACGAGUGGACGGCCUCAAGCCCACUAGACCUCCACCGUGCUGACGGCGGGCUUCUCUGUAACUACCCCGAGGUAAUGGGCGGCGGCGGCGCCGCAGGCACUGUGGUCGCCGUCGGUCCGGGCGUGGACCGCCUCAAGCCGGGCGACCAGGUCUUUACGUUUGCCUUCCGCGACUUCCGCGAGCGCGGGCAACAGGAGUUCGCGACGGUGCCAGAUUACCUCUUGUCCAAACUGCCGGCGAAUAUCACGCCCCAGGAGGCCGUGACGGUGCCGACGAAUCUGAUCACCGUCUUCCACGCCGCUACCGCAGAUCUGGGACUCGAGUUGCCCUGGCCGAAACCCGCUGGCUGGGAGCCCAAGGAGAAGGAUGCGCCCGUGCUGGUUUGGGGUGCCGCGAGUAGUGUCGGUCUAUAUGCGCUUCAGGUUCUGCGGCAUUGGGGGUAUAAAAAUGUGCUUGCCGUCGCCAGCGAGAAACACCAUGCACAUCUAAAGGAGAUUGGCGCAAGGGAGACGUUCAGUUAUCGGGACGCAAACGUUGCCGAAAAGAUUCUGGGCUUUGUCGGGCAGGAUGGCGUGCCGUUUGUGCUGGACUGCAUCGGGUCCGUUGAGGGGACGCUGAGACCGUUGACAAAGAUCGCGAGGAAGGGAACGAAGGUGGCCGUCAUGUUGCCCGUUAUCAUCCGGGAUGCGACGGAGGAGGUUGAGCCGGAGUAUGAGAUGGACGUCAACAAUGCGCUUGUUGGCGAGUGGGCUGAGGGGGUUGAGUUGAAGGGGGUCCGGACACACUUUUACCUGGCGAACGAGUUCUACAAGGAGAAAAUGCAGCGGGAGAUCGUUCCCAAGCUGCUCGAGGACGGCAUUAUCAAACCGAAUAAGCAAAGGAUUGUCGAGGGUGCGACUCUGCUGGAACGAGCGCAAAAGGCGAUUGAGCUGCUGAGGAAGAGGGAUCCGAGUGGUGAACGUCUAGUCUGGAGGGUAUCCGAUCUGAAAUUAUAG